GCGCCGGCGGAGGUAACAGAUUGGUUGUCAUAUUCAUUUGAUGACUUCUUUGGAAACACAGAUAUUUCUUCUAGUGCCAUUCCUGUGAAGCCACUAGAAGGCAAUUCUGGACAAAAAGGGAAGCAGAAGAAGGAAGACCCAUCUUCUGUGCCAGAAAGUAUCAAAACCAAAGUUCUGCCUAGAAAAAGAUUGAAGUCGUCUUCAGUAGAUCUGCCUUGUAACAAGUCCGGACAAAACUGGAGCCAGUCUCAAGAUGAGCCAUGGGUAGAUAGAUACAAACCCAAAACUCAGAAGGAUCUUGCUGUGCAAAAGAAGAAAAUUGAAGAAGUGGAAAUGUGGUUGAAAGUGCACGUAUUUCAGAGGCAGCCAAAGCAGGCUGGCUCUGUUUUACUGCUAACUGGUCCUCCUGGUUGUGGAAAGACUGCAACUAUAGAAAUAUUAGCAAAGGAUCUUGGUGUUCAGGUGCAAGAAUGGACCAAUCCAAUAUCUUUAGACUUUACAAAAGAAGAAUUAAGAAAUAUGUUUGACCAUGACUCAGGUUUUCAUAUGUUUCCAAGUCAGGCCCAAGCAGCUCUCUUUCAAGAUUUUCUAUUAAGAGCAAAUAAGUAUAACAAACUUCAGAUGCUUGGGGAGUCCUCAGAAAAUGAUAAAAAGCUUAUUCUUAUUGAAGACAUACCUAACCAAUUCUAUCGAGACCCUAGCAGUCUACAUGAAGUUCUCAGGAGAUUUGCUUGUACAAGUAGAUGUCCCCUCAUAUUUAUAAUCUCAGAUAACUUCAGUGGAGACAGCAACCAGAGGUUACUGUUUCCAACAGAAAUUAUAGAGGAGUUGUGUAUAUCCAAUAUUAGUUUCAAGCCUGUUGCACCAACAAAUAUGAUGAAAGUUCUUAAUCGAAUAGCUGCAACAGAAGCUAGUAUGAACAGAGAAAAGAAUUAUGCUUUUGAUAGAACUUCUCUGGAGUUGCUUUGCAGAGGUUGUUCAGGUGAUAUAAGAAGUGCAAUAAACAGUCUUCAGUUUUCUUCUAUGAAAGACUGCUCAUUGGAGAAGGAGUUUUGGUCACGGAAUAAAAAGAGCUCCACACUAAAAUGUGAAGCAGCAAUGGUAUCUAAAGUAAGAAAGAAAAGUAAAUCUGAUACUUCAGAAGACCGGGAGAUACAAGCUAUUGGUGGCAAAGAUGCUUCCAUCUUUCUUUUCCAUGCUUUGGGGAAAAUAAUUUACUGCAAAAGAGAACCAAUAUCAGAAUCAGAGUUUCCUCAGCUGCCUGCUCACUUAUCAGAAUACCGUCGAGACACCUUGCUUAUUCAGCCCGAGGAUAUUGUGGAAAAAUCGCAUAUGUCUGGAAGCAUGUUUAUUUUAUACCUUCACCAGAACUAUGUAGACUUUUUUUCUGAUAUAGAUGAUGUAGUGAGAGCCAGUGAAUAUUUGAGCACUGCUGAUGUCCUUUGUAGUAACUGGAGUACACGGCUUGUGAUGGAAGAAUACAGUGCAUCUGUUGCUACCCGAGGAGUGAUACAUUCAAAUACGUCCAGAGCCUUUGCCCACCAGCAAGGAGGGAUGGGGUUCCGGCCUUUACAUAAAUCUCAGUGGUUCUUUAUCAAUAAAAAGUAUCAAGAAAACUGCCUUGCUGCAAAAUCUCUCUUUUCAAGCUUCUGUUUACCACCUGAAUGUCUUCAGACAGAGCUAUUGCCUUAUCUUGCCAUGUUAGCAAAUCCAAUGAGAAACCAAGCUCAGAUUGCUUUUAUCCAAGAUGUUGGGAGGCUACCGCUGAAAAGACAUUUUGAGAGGUUGAAGCUUGAAGCACUGACUGAUAAAGAUCCUGGGAUACCAGACUUGUUUGCUAGCUCCGAGCGGGACCUUGCUGACAAGCAUGCUAUGGAGACUGCUGCGCAGACAGAGAAUGAAUUGGAUGGAUUCCCUCUUUCUUCUAGCCAGUGCAGUGGAGGUGAACUACCGUGCAGCCAGCCUCAGCCUGUUGCAGCUCAAGCAAUCAUGGAGGAAGAUGAAUUAAACAUAGAGGAAUAUGAUAGUGACUGA